UGAAAGAGUUCGCGACUGAAAGCUCCGCGAUGCCGUGGGAUUUACCCGCUGUAGCUGAGCAACUUCUCAGAGACGUCCAAAAGUCGUACGAAGACCAGUCGCAAAUCUCUGAUGACCUACUCAUUGCGCUGAGGUUUGUCUUUGGGUCGUGUGCAGUGCAGGCUUUGGACCUGGUGGACCAGCGCGCCGUCACCUCCGUGUCGUCUCCCAGCGGCCGGCAAGCCUUCCAGGUGACGGGAAGCUCGGGCCAUUUGUACACCUGCUUCACCUCCUGUCACUACUGCUCCUGUCCGGCCUUCGCCUACGCCGUGCUCCACCGGAACGAAGGCCUGCUGUGCAAACACAUCCUGGCUGCCUACCUGUCUCAGGCCAUGGGUGUGAGCCAGCAGGAGAGCGUGUCGGACCAGCAGAUGUCUGCGCUGCUCAGCGGCUCCCUGGCAGAAUGAGGAUCAGCGCUCCUGUCCGACUCCCCCCCCCCCCCCCCACAAAUACACGGGACUUCCUGAAUGAGCGAUGACCCCCAAAGGAAUUCCUGCCUUUUCCAGGGAACUUUCUGCUGCAGAGAGGAAUGGUAUCCGGAAAAAACCUAAACCUGCUCGGUCUGUCUGAGAAACACCAGACGUCCUUUUCGUUUCCUUUGGGAGAGCUGUUGAUCUGCAGCACGGAAAUCUGCAUCUGUUCACGGGAUAUGUACCGUCUUAUUUUUAAGCCCAGUUUGGUUUCGCUCUCGUCUCGGUGACACGACGAGGCUAGCGGAGAACCGCCGAGCUGUGAGAGGGGCUCGGUGAGACUUUGAAAAACAUUUCAAAACCACCACAGAAGUGGGUCGGUUUCUCUCCUGUGUGUCCUGUAAAUACAAAAAAUGGGUGUUCCCCGAACAGUGUGACGGAUUUGUAGUUGUAAAAUUUGACAAAUAAAGACAGGUCUGGGACAAUAUAAACAUCGGCUUUAUUAAACAAAAUUAUUUUACCGUACAUACAGGUUGCAUCAUGUUAAAUAGCGGUGCUUGUUUCCAGCUGCAGCUUUGUCGAGUGAAGGAGUGGUCUCUGUUACGGGGACAGCCGAUCAUCGGCACGGGAGCAGCCGAUCAUCGGCACGGGAGCAGCCGAUUAUCGGCACGGGAACAGCCGAUCAUCGGCACGGGAGCAGCCAAUCAUCGGCACGGGAGCAGCCGAUUAUCGGCACGGGAACAGCCAAUCAUCGGCACGGGAGCAGCCGAUUAUCAGCACGGGAACAGCCAAUCAUCGGCACGGGAACAGCCGAUUAUCGGCCUGACCGCAGUGCAUCAUAUCUACCGAUUAGUGACCGUCCUCCAUCAUACUGACACGUAUGCAUUUUGUGACGGGAAAGGCAGGAAUGUUAAAGGCGGCCAACCUGUUUUCCUUGGAGUCACAGUAAGACGAUAAGUCCAACAUCGAUCACUAGGCGUGGAACAAAAAGCUCAACACCUAUAGUACACACCUCAUUUUACACGUCGAGUGGACAAACACAACACAAGCGUUACAGUGCAGUUACAGUAUAGAUGUCUCCAUUGGAAUGUACUAGAAGAUCGGCACACUCCUGCGAUGUAGCCCUUUGGAAGUUCUGAUGCUCUGUGCAGGACAGGUGGUGGUGCGCCACACAGGAAGUGCGGAAAGGCAAGCGCUGGACUUGCUGUUAAGAACACUUGUGAAACACAAACACGGCAUCUGUCAGCAUCGACAACAGCGAAGCCUACCGAAAGGAAGAGGAACAUGACGUCAGUGCGUUAUUGUUUGUGUUGCUCCUUGGCUGUAGUGAUUGGCUCUCACUAGUAAAGACUCAUUAAUGCUUCGACACGUGCACGGCGACACCGUGCUACGCCAGACCACAUUUGAUCUCUGUUUCGAGAAGUAUCUCUCUUCCCCAUCAUCAAUGGAGAGUGAAGCAAUUUCAAGGGCUUGACCUAACAAUGGUGGUCAACACACACACACACACACACACACUCACACACACACACACAAAUAAAAUCGUUUAUUUUUCUAUACUUGUGAGGACCCCUCAUUAACUACAUUCAUUCCCUAGACCUUAACCCUUACUUUAACCUAAUCCUAACCUUAACCCUUACCUUAACCUUAACCCUUACCUUAACCUAAUCCUAAUUCUAACCUUAACCCUUACCUUAACCUAAUCCUAACCUUAACCCUUACCUUAACCUUAACCUAGUCCCAAUUCUAACCUUAACCCUUACCUUAACCUAAUCCUAAAUCUAACCUUAACCCUUACCUUAACCUAAUUCUAACCUUAACCCAAUCCUAACCUUAACCCUUACCUUAACCUAAUCCUAACUUUAACCUAAUCCUAAUUCUAACCUUAACCCUUACCUUAACCUAGUCCCAAUUCUAACCUUAACCCUUACCUUAACCUAAUCCUAACCUUAACCCAAUCCUAAUUCUAACCUUAACCCUUACCUUAACCUAAUCCUAAUUCUAACCUUAAUCCUACACCCAAAUCCUAACCCUAAAAUAGACCCUUUAAAAUGUGAGGACCGGCCAAAAUAUCCUCAAUUUGAUGGUUAAAAAAUCCGAUUUGUUAAAAUAUAGUUAACAAACACACACACACACACACACACACACACACACACACACACACACACACACUUGGUUUGCUUCAUCGCAGAGCCCGCGUGGCUUGGAUGCAGUGCGUCAUAACUGUUUAACACGCUGCACAUGCAGAGCGGAGCGGAGCGGAGGAAGGGAAGCGGUGCGGAGGAGGAAGCCGCACUUCAGCUGCACACUGAACACUUCAUCCACGUUUCCUGUUUCACUCGCGCUCCGUCAACGUUUACUUUUCUUUGUUGCGUGUUUUUGUUUUGUUUUUUGUUUUUUUCAGUCAGUGCGGUGGGUGAACUUCAGUGGCGUGGCUCGUGUGUCAGGUGGGGGGAGGAGGGGGGAGUUUGGCCGUAUUGUUAGAGCAAAUCAGUGCGGCGUGUGUGACAGCCGUCAUUCCUCCGCGAGAGAGGAGAGAACAGCUCGUGCUGUUGUUGCGCAGCAACAGCACGAGACGGGACCCUCGGCGUGACUGACGGGUGAAAGGAUGUGGGCCAACGGUUUGUCAGCCGCGCUGCGGGGAACGUCCGCAUGUAGGAGGGACGUUCCCGGAAGACCAAACAAAGCCCUCCCGCCGGUGCAGAGGGCGGGGUCAGGGGUCAGCUGCAGGCGCUGCGGGUCGUUUACGUUAAGGGGAAAGGCGUGUAGUGUUGUGAGACACCGUGACGUAAUGGGAGACUACCGCCUCAGCCUCGCGGAUAAGGGAGAGCUGUAGCGUGGACGAGGGGAACC